AUGACUUCUCAAACAUGGAUAUUAAUAGCACUGCUGCUGCCUAUAACCUACACUACGGGUCAGCUGAACUGUGCUGAAGCCCCAACUCCAUCGCUGAAGAUUAUCUGCGAACAAUUGACAAGAUGGGACAAAAAUGCUAGGGUAAGGCAGUAUUUUUAUAUUUUUGGGCUUAUUUUAAUAAAUUUAAUUUAAAAAAAAUCAAAAUACUUUAUAGCGUUGUGAAGAAGUCUAAACAUAUAGCUUAUUAGGCCUUUAAAAUGGCCAAGCUUUAAAAAUAAUUGAUAAUAAAGUUAAUUGGGAUUUUUAAUUUUCAAAAUUUUUGUUUUGCAGGCAACUCCAGCAGCUAAAAACCCAACGUCUAAAGUGGCAUUGCCACCCGGAAUUGACCCGAGUAUGGCUACACAAGGCUUCGAUUUGCCUACACAGCCAACAACUCUUGAGCAAUGUACUGACAUUGCAUGUGCUUGCAGUUUCUUGGGAGGUAUGGUUUACCAAAUUUAACAAAAGCAAACAUUCUAAAUUUUUACAGCUAUUAACUACAAUUAAAAUUUUUUACUUGAUUUUAUUAGCUACUUUGUAACAGCAAGCUUUAUGUGAAACACUUGACUAAAGAAAGGGAAACAGUUGACACAAAACUUCUUUUUUGGUCAUUUUAUCUGUAAAUUAUUGGCGUAGUUCACAGUAUUCGUAUUUAAAAAUCAACUUUUAAUAACAUUUUUAAAUUUAAGUUUAAAAAUUUUUUAGUUUUAACUUGUUUUAGGCUCCGGCAGUGGUAACUCCUGCACCCUCCGCAACGGCCAGCCUCUUCGCAAAGCUCUGCGAAAAGAAUACCGUGCUCUAACCGACGAUGAACGACGAAGAUAUCACGCUGCGGUCAGAACGAUCAAGAACAAUGGAGCCUACGACAGAAUCAGUAAGGUUCACUCGGACUUUGCCACUUCUGGAGCCGCUCAUUCUGGCCCAGCCUUUUUGUCCUGGCACAGAGAGUUCAUAAAGAGAUACGAAUUGGCAUUGAGAGCUGUAGAUCCAUCAGUAGCACUGCCUUAUUGGGAUUCUGUGUUGGAUAACAACCUUCCACGACCCCAAGAUUCAAUUUUGUGGACAAAUGACUUUGCUGGAACGAUGGAUUCUGGAGGUAACGUGGUUGGGGGACCUUUUGCUCCUUGGAGAACAAUGGAUGUAAGUUUAUAUUAAAGAUAAUUAAAAAGUGAUUAAAUAUGAGUAAGUUAACUAUAAAGUCAAUAAAAAAUCGAAUAUAUAUAACUUUUCAUCUUCUAGCUCAGAAUAUAUCUAAAACAGAUUAAAGUACUCAUAAUCUACUACAAUAUCAAUUUCAGGGCAGAGCAAGCGCCCGUCGUGCUGUUGGAGCUCAAGGAUCUUUGUUCCGUGAGACCGAGAUUGCCUAUGUCAUGGCUCAAACUCAAGUUGAGAAUGUAAUGGCUUAUUCGGCUCCACGUCAAGGAUGCCCAAUUCGAGCUGACUGGAACUGGCUUGAAUAUACUCACGGUAAUGUGCACAUCUACGUUGGUGGUGACAUGUUGGAUCAAUCUACAUCUUCCAAUGAUCCCAUCUUCUUUAUGCACCAUUCUUUCGUCGAUUUGAUCUGGGAAAUGUGGAGACAGAGCCGGCAGGUGGGUAGUGUAAUAUAGUGGUUAUGGUAUUUUCAUGCACAACGUUGUGAGAAUUAUUAUUGUCUAGGGGAGGUAAAUAAGAUGAUUUUUGUUUAAAAGAGCGUUUUUUAAAAAUUUUAUUCCAGACCCGCGCCCAACGUGAAUCCGACUACCCAGUAGAUAUGCAAGCUUGUUCAGCUCCUCAACAUUUCAACGGUGCUUCGAUGGCUCCAUUUACUCCAUGGUACAACCGUGAUGGUCUUUCCAAUCGCUACACUGACUUUAUGUACGAGUAUGCUCCUAGACCAACUUGUCCAUCUUGUGGAGGAUCCAAGUACUUGUUCUGUAUGAGAAGUGGCGGACAGCCAAGAUGCGCUGCUAAAGUCAAAACAGGUGGAUCUUGUGCUGGCCUUAAUGAAGGUAUGUUGGGGUUUCAGAAUGGUAAACUUUGCGAAAAUGAGGCUUAAUUAGAGUGAAAUUGAGGAAACUUGUUUAAAAAUGACGCAAAGUUGAUUUGUUUAUCAUUUUUUAAACAAAAGUUGAUUUUUCUAUCUACUUCUUGAUCUUAACAUUUACUUUUUAAAACACUUUUUGACCAUACUAAUAAUAAACGCAAAAUUUUAAAAUCUUCCAGCCGACCAACCCUGCUACAAUGGAGCCUGCCGAGGCGGGGUUUGUGUCCAAACCGUCCAGACCACCCCAACACCAGCCACCACGCAAGCACCAGUAAUUACACCAAUUGUACCACCUCAAAUUCAAGAAACCUGCUUCAACGAGAACGAAUGCUGUUCAGUCUGGCAAGGUCAAGGAGAAUGUACUAAGAACCCUGGCUACAUGAGUUCAUGGUGCAAAGCAUCGUGUGGUACCUGCAGGCCCAAGUACAGUUUGGCAGUGGAAUGCUCGGACCAUCACCCCAACUGUGUCACCUGGUCGAGACAAGGCGAGUGCUCCAAGAACAAGAACUGGAUGUACGAGAACUGUCGCAAGUCGUGUGCACGAUGCUCUACAUCAAAAGCCAGUGUUUGUGGCGGUGGACAGGCGACACAGCCGGCUAGACCAGCUCCAACUACAGGAUGGGCUUCGAAAUGCAAGUCUCCUGGCUGUUUCAAUGAGAAUAUCUGUUGUUCUGUCUGGGCUAUGGAUGGGCAAUGUAGGACGAAUGCUACUUGGAUGGCAUGUAAUUGUAAAGUUAGCUGUGGACAAUGUAUUCCACAGGAUUAUCAGUAUGGAAGUGAGUAUUUUAAGGCGGUUUCUGGGUUUAAAGAUAGGUGUUUUUGUUAUUGUAUUUAGUUUUUGGGAUUUUUUUGUUUCACGUUUCAAAGCAACAUUAUUUUAAUAUUUUUGAACUUCUAUAGUCCUGUUAUCUUAACCAACCCCAUUCCAGCCUGUUCCGACUACAACACCAAGUGUUCCGGCUGGGCCCGAGCCGGUGAGUGUAACAAGAACCCAUGGAUGAAGGAGAACUGUCGCGCAUCCUGCCAAACCUGUCUAAACGGCCAAGAACUCCGCUCGAUCUGUCGUAGUGGUGGUGCCAUUCCAACCCGUACUCAAUCCCAAUUCAACCAAGGCUGGGGUAAUCCACAGCCGUUCCGUGGCGGCGGUGGAGGCGGCUGGGGAUUUGAUGGCAUUGACAUUGGAGGAAUGUCUUUCAGAUGGGGCAGAGAUGUGCACCACGUGAUGGGUGGUGCACCAGGCGACCAUUUGGCAGAAUGAUUGUUUAACUUAUACCCACUUUUGGAUAGUUUUCAAAUUUUUUGAAUUUUAAGGUUUUUUAAAUUGCUGGUUUGUUAUUUGAAUUGUAUAAAUGAUCUUCACAUUGAUAUAGUGGUUUGUUUUUUUUGUUGUUUUAGACCUUCUAUAUUGGAAAAAGCUAUUACAAACGAUAUUUUAAAUAAUAUUAACGUCGGUAAGGCCUUUUUAAUUAAAGUAAAACCAAUUAAAUAAUCUAUAACUCAACUUGAUGAAGAUAUAGCUCAAUUUUAUUAAUUCACAUCUCUCCCAAAACAUUAUCAAGUCAAACAUAAACCAGUAGUUGUUUUUGUAUUUUUACAAAACUCCAGAAUCCUGUUUCGGCAUUUCGUUUUACUGAUAAGAAAGUGAAAAACAAGUUCGAAAGGAAUGUUAAUCGUCGUGUUCGACAAGUUAUUUCUCGGUUAACAAAACCAAUCUAAACUUUGACAUUUUAAGUGUAAAAUACGAAUUUUAGGCUAUUUAACUGAUAGUACAAUCACUAACAACAUGAAAAACAUUUGUCGAUGUAAAACAACUUCAAGACUUAAUGUGAAAUCAUCUUCCAUACCUAAACUCCCAGUUGUUUAGAUUCCCAAGGUAAUCGGCAUCCGGAACAGAAACAAUCCUGCCCUGAUUAUCAGCCGUUUAAAAGUGAAAUCGCGCCGAAAUCGGGGCGGAUCAGAUAAUAAAACGGCUGGAUUUGUUGUGUUUUUUGUCAUUUUCACUCUCCGUUUUAGUCGACAACUGACGGUAAGUCGAUUAACAUCGGUUUUAGUUGAUGUUAUCAUAGGAUUAUACUGUUUUUGUGUUAGUAGAGCUUGAGGGCUUCAUUAAGAAAACCUAUUAUACUUGUUGAAUUAGGUUGUCGUACUGCUUAAAUUAGGUUGUUACCCUUGCACUAUCCGAAGUAUAAAUUUAUCUUUUAGGCCAUGGAGUGUAAAUACGAAAGUGAAGACCAACGUCAGAUGAGGCGUGUAGCCUUCGUAGCUACGGUAGUCUCAACUCUCGCAGUAAUCGCCUCGAUUGUCACCCUACCUAUCAUGUACACCUACGUACAACGCUUCCAGUCCCACAUCGACCUAGAAACCGAGUUCUGUAAGACCCGCGCCCGUGACAUGUGGGUGGAGAUGCAUCAGCUCCAAGUGCACCAACACCGCGUGAAGCGUCAAAGCGGCUACGGAGCUACACCAGCUUCGUCCGGAUAUGGAGCAUCACAAGCUGGAGGCUAUGGAUCUCCAGUUGUGGCGGCUGAACCAGCUGGAUGCUGUAACUGUCAACAAGGACCACCUGGACCACCAGGAGACGCUGGAGAUGAUGGUGCUCCAGGCUCGGAUGGUACUCCUGGUGCUGAUGGUGCUAGCGGAAAGGAAGGUCAAAUUUUGUCAAGUGCCUUGCCACCAAAAGAACCAUGUAUCAUUUGCCCACCCGGACCACCAGGACCAUGCGGACCUAACGGUCCCAAGGGACCUAAUGGACCCAAAGGUAAUACUUUAAAAUUUCAAAACGAAGAUCUUUAUGUUGUAUCUGAAAAGCACACAAAAAUUUUCAAAAUUACAAUCAUAUUUUAACAAUGAUAUUGUUGUAGGCAAGCCAGGAGACAAAGCCCCAGAUGGCAAAAAGGGAGAAAUGGGACUGCCAGGACCUCAAGGAUUGCCAGGCCCACUUGGACCUCCAGGUCCACCCGGGACUCAAGGAGCACCAGGCCGCGUCACUCAAGUCAACGGUCCAGCUGGACCAGCCGGAGAGCCGGGACCACAGGGACCAGUUGGAGCCAAAGGAAACACAGGACCAGAUGGAGUACCAGGCCCAGAAGGCGGUAUGGGAGAACCAGGACAACCAGGCGGUCCAGGAGCACCAGGAAAUCCUGGUCCACCCGGCCCAAGCGGAGCACCAGGAGAGAAGGGACCAGAAGGACCAUGCGACCAUUGCCCCGAACCAAGAACCCCACCAGGAUACUAG